CGCCGGCGGCGGCGCCUUCCGCGGGCGGCGGCGUAAGCGGGCUCGCGGCGGCUCUGGCCUUGCCACCAGCCGGCGCGGCGGGAGCAGCAGCAGCGGCGGCGCCCCCAUUCCUGCUCGGGGCGCCCGCGCCGGCCGCGGCGGCGGCCGCAGCUGCGGCCCCAGUCGGCGCGGCGGGGGCGGCGCCUGCAGACGCCAGGAUCAGGCCCGUCUCGUGCGACUUGCAGGGCCAGCGGCACGUGGACUACAGGACGGCGGUGACGAGCAUGGAGGAGGGGGCCUUGCCAGACUGGCCUGUCCGUGGCCCCCGCGCGGCGCUGUGGGCGCUGAAGUUCAUGGAGGCGCACUGGGGCACCCCCACUGGUCGCCACUCGAGGUGGCUCUCAGAGACGCGGCUCGCUGGUCAUGAGCCUGGCGUCGAUGAGCACGAGAGAGCCUGCCGUAUUCUAGAGCGGAUGGUGGUGUACGACCAGCUGAACGUGGCGAACCUCGCCUCUGGCGAGAUGUUGGCGCGGGCGGUGCAGCUCCAGGAGGAGCGGUACCGCGACAGGCUCGCGCUGGCCGUGGAUUCGCCGAACGAGAACGCUCACGUGAUGUUGGGGACGGACCAGCUCCACGGCAACGUGUGCGUCGCCCCGGCGCUGCAGGAGUUCUGCAAGGACGCGCUGUCCAGGCAGAAUGCGCACCGCAAAGAGCAGAGAAAAGCCAGAGAGGAGCGCGAGUUGUCCCGAAAGUCAGGCAAAGACAAGAAGAAGGGCAUCGGCGACAGGGGCGCUGGCGAGAAUGAUAAGCCAGUCACCUUCUUCCCCUCGCUCUGCUCUUGCCCGCUGCCCUAUCUGGCGGGGCCGGGCGAGGGCCGGGCGAGGGCCAUCUUCUCGGACGCAGUCGUCGCGCUCGUCGCCGCCGAGGCGCCGCCGAGCACAGGUCAGCGGGCGUCGCUCGAGCACGUCCAAUCCGCGUUCGCCAGCCUGGAGACGCUCCCCGUUGGCGAAGGUUUUGAGGGCGGCGCUCUCAGUGAGCUCCUCGACGGCCCCCCGCUUUACAGCUCAGGGGGGCCGCGGCGGCCCCACUCGCGGGAUUUGAUCUCGUGGCCGGAUGUUGGCGAAGACCCUGUCCCCAUCACGGACGUCGUUGCUGACCUGGGCGCUCAGUGGCUUAGGGCUGGGAGCUCGAGCAUGCUGCGUGACCGAGGUGAGGCUGAUGCCCUCUUGCAACAGGUCUGCCCUCGCGGGCCGUACGUCGACCCGCACCUCUCCUUCUCGCCCGUCACCUACGGCGAGCUCCUUGCUGAGAUGUUUAAGCGCAAGAUGGUCUGCUUCCAGGCGGAGGAUCCCAGCAUCAAGCCAGUUGGAGUCUUUUGCGUGGCAAAGAAGAGCGGCCGUCUGAGACUGAUUUUCGACACUCGUACAGCGAAUGCCACUUCGCCGAUCCGCCCGCCGCCGCGCUGCCAAGCGCAGCCGCCUUCGCCAACCUGGAUCGAGGCGCCUGGUGGCCGGGUGGUCGUCGCAGCCGGGGACGUGGACAACGCGUUCUAUCGGCUGAAGCUUCCCGACGGGCUCUGCGACUACUCCCGGCUGCCGCCCAUCGCUCGUCGGCAUCUGGAGGCUCGGGGCGUCGCUGGGCCCCCGCCGACGGAGCGCGUGCAGGCCUGCCUCGUCUUGUUGCCCAUGGGCUUCUCGUGGGCCUUGCACAUGUGCCAGCUGGCGCUCCGAGCGGGCAUUGAGCGGGCGGGGGUGCCCCGCCAGCUCGUCAUCGAGGAUGGUCUGCCCGGCGUGGUGAUCCGGCCCGAGGGGCAGGCGGCCGUCGCCGGGUAUGUCGACAACUACUUGGCGGUCAGCUCGGUCGAGGCCGAGGCGGACCGGGCCCUCGCCAGCGUCGCGGCGGAGCUGGAGGGCGUCGGGCCGCGGGCGCACACGCCCGAGCAGGCCGCGGACAGCUGCAGCUUCUUGGGCAUGGAGCUGCGGCGCGGGCGCUGGCUGGCCAUCAAGGGGCGCACGGUGUGGAGGCUCCGCUACGCCAUCGAGGAGCUCCUGCGCCGCGGUCGCGCCUCGGGGCAUUUGGUCCGCAUCCUCGUCGGCCACCUGACCUGGGCGUCCAUGGUCAGGCGCGAGGCGCUCGGGCUGCUCAACUCCACUUGCGCCUUCAUCGCCUCGACGGGCGCGGAGGUGCAGACGCUGUGGCCGGCGGUCCGCACGGAGCUCUGGCGGGCACGUUGCCUGCUGCCGCUCCUGGUGGCCGAUCUGACGGCUCCGCGGGCUUCGAGGCUGGUUGCCAGCGAUGCCAGUGAGGAGGGCCUCGGGGUGUGCCGGCGUCAGGCGCCCGUAGACCUCAUCGCCCGUUGCGGACGGCACUGCGAGCGCUG